GCGGCUUCCCCAUUGUACAACUUCAUCACUUGUUUUGGCGUCCGCGUUUGCAUGUGUUUGCUUGUCGCAGUCAUGCCUUCCAGUCACAACUACAGUGACUUGCAGUCCUUUGCGUUUGCACCACAUUUCGAUGCUUUAAAAGAGCCACCACCAUCGACCGAUGCAUUACCUUCUCUCACAAAAAUAUACAACACCACGAAAUCAAGAUGCAUUACCGCGCCCUUCUUAGUAUUAUCAUCCUGGCCGCACCGUUGGCAGUCUCCGCAGCAGGCACCCUAGGCUUCUGUCUCGGCAACAUAAAUCCUGACGGAUCUUGCAAGACCACAGCCGACUUCGAGGCCGACUUCACGGCCAUCAAAGCCAAUACCGAUGCAAUAGUUGUUCGCACAUACUCAGCCUCUGACCAAGAUGGCAAUCCUUGCAACACACCCUCCCAAAUUCUGCCCGCUGCAAAAAUUGCAGGGAUCCAGGUCCUGUUAGGCAUGUGGCCCGAUGAUGGUGCAUACAACAAAGAGAAAGCAGCAAUUGACGCCGCAAACCCUGCUUCUUUCGGCGACACCUUCUACGGCAUCACGGUUGGUUCGGAAGGAAUGUACCGCGGGACAUAUACUGCUCAAGAAUUGAUCGGCUGGAUUCAAGAUGUACGACAGAGUUAUCCCAACGCCCAGAUCGGUACUGCAGACACCUGGAAUGGCUGGGCAAACGGCACGAUGGACUCGAUCAUCACAAGUGGCAUUGAUUUGGUGCUCGCCAAUGGAUUUCCAUACUGGCAAUACCAAGCCAUCUCCAACGCGACCGAGUCCUACUUCGAUGCCAUGGCGCAAGCCCUAGGUCGCGUUCAAGAAGUUUCUGGGAGCCUCAACAAGUUGCACUUCAUCAAUGGAGAAACUGGCUGGCCGGGCACCGGGGGCACAGAUGCCGGCGCGGCCAUCACAGGUGACGAUAACAUGAAGACGUAUUGGCAGUCUGCAAUGUGCGGUCUUCUGGACUGGGGCGUGGAUUCUUUCUGGUUCGAGGCAUUCGAUGAGCCUAACAAACCAGACUCCACUGGGGACAAUGGUCAGGUGUCCAGUGAACAACACUGGGGUGCAUUCACUUCCAACAGAGCAGCCAAGUUCGACCUGCAUUGCUAGCCAACGGCAUACGACAGGCUUCAAUGGUGAUGUAGCCUUGUUGCAUGCACA